AUUGUCAAGAUCCUCAAGAAUGCCCAAACACCUGAAUGAAACCUCUCCUUUGACACCGGAUAAUGUGGGGGUAUUUUAGUCUUCAUCUACCGUAAAAAUAGCCGUUUAUUUUCUGUAAUUUUAAACAUUUUUUUUGAGAUUUUCUGUAAUUUUAAACAUGAAAAAGGUAUAAUACAUCAACGUGAAGCAAGGUUCUCGGAAAAACAGGAGAGAGAAAUUUGAAGGUAGCGCCUUUCGUGCCCCCAUUUUUCGCAUUCAAUCCAAUUUAGGGUUUUUCUUUUUUUCCUCCUUUACACUUCAGAUCUGUCCAAUUCUAUUUGAUUUACGCAAUUACAUUUUCCAUUGAAUUAGAUCCACACGAAGUAACUUUUUAUAUUAUCGGUUGCUGAAUCUGGUGUCUUUUUUGAAUUGAAUUGAUUGGAUAUUGAAUUUCGAUUGAUCGUGAAUUCGUGAUUUUAAUCCGAUGAAGAAACUCAUGUGGAACUGAGUCGCGGCUUCAUUGUUGAAUCCUCUUUCAUGUUUUGCUUUGGGUUUAAAUUUUCUCUUCCUUGUUGGAUAACUUAGAUCUUGAAAUUGGCUCCCCAACGCCGUUCACAGCGCCACACGGGUGGCCAGAUGCAUCAGAGCAAUGCCGCAGCUGCGGCAGCUCUGUAUGAUCAUCCCGGUACGGCUGAUGGGUCCCUUUACAAUGCGGGUCCCACCAACGACGCUGGCGAUGCUGUCAUGGCUCGUUGGCUUCAAUCAGCCGGGUUGCAGCAUCUGGCCUCUCCCUUGACCGCUAACCACAUGCCAAAUCUUCUCAUGCAGGGAUAUGGAGCACAAUCUACAGAGGAGAAGCAGAGGCUUUACAAAUUAAUGAGAAACCUGAAUUUCAAUGGGGAAUCUGGUUCAGAAUCUUACAUUCCUACAGGUCAGAGUGUUUCUGAGGAGGGUUUCUGCUCUCCUGAGUUCAGAGGGGAUUUUGGAGCUGGGCUUUUGGACCUCCAUGCUAUGGAUGACACAGAACUUCUCUCAGAGCAUGUUAUCUCUGAGCCUUUUGAGCCCUCACCUUUCAUGCCGGGUGCCACAACAUCUAUUGAUGUUGACAUAAAUUUGAUCAGCAACAAGCAACAAAGAGGACAAGGGCAAGCGGAUGCAGAUGCUCCUGCUUUGUUGACAACAUUUGACAAGGAGACUGUACCAAAGGAAAACAAUGUGGCUAAGAUAAGAGUUGUUGUGCGCAAAAGACCUUUGAACAAAAAGGAGCUUGCUCGAAAAGAAGAUGAUAUAGUUACUGUUUAUGACAAUGCCUUGACAGUUCAUGAACCCAAGCUGAAGGUGGACUUAACAGCAUACGUAGAAAAGCAUGAGUUUUGUUUUGAUGCUGUUCUCGAUGAGUAUGUGACAAAUGAUGAGGUAUACCGUGGCACUGUUGAACCAAUCAUUCCAACCAUAUUUCAACGCACAAAGGCGACAUGCUUUGCGUAUGGUCAAACUGGUAGUGGUAAGACAUUUACCAUGAAACCUUUGCCUAUCAGAGCUGCUGAAGAUCUUCUGAGAUUGUUGCAUCAACCGGUUUAUCGUAAUCAGAGAUUUAAGCUGUGGCUUAGUUACUUUGAGAUUUAUGGAGGCAAAUUAUUUGAUCUCCUUUGUGAAAGAAAGAAACUCUGUAUGAGGGAAGAUGGGCGACAGCAAGUUUGCAUUGUUGGACUGCAGGAAUUUGAAGUUUGUGAUGUGCAAAUUGUUAAAGAAUAUAUUGAGAGAGGUAAUGCUGCUAGAAGUACUGGUUCCACUGGUGCCAAUGAGGAAUCUUCUAGGUCACAUGCUAUCCUUCAGCUUGUUGUGAAGAAGCACAUUGAAGUAAAGGAUACACGGCGAAAUAAUGAUGUCAACGAAGCUAAGAAUGGAAAGGUUGUUGGGAAGAUUUCAUUCAUUGAUUUAGCAGGGAGUGAGAGAGGAGCAGAUACCACGGAUAAUGAUCGACAAACAAGGAUAGAGGGAGCUGAAAUUAAUAAAAGCCUCUUAGCUCUUAAGGAGUGUAUUCGUGCACUUGACAAUGACCAACUUCAUAUUCCAUUUCGAGGGAGUAAACUCACUGAAGUUCUUCGUGAUUCCUUUGUUGGCAACUCAAAGACAGUCAUGAUAUCUUGCAUUUCUCCAAAUGCAGGUUCAUGUGAACAUACCCUUAACACUUUGAGAUAUGCUGAUAGGGUAAAAAGUCUUUCAAAAAGUGGGAAUGUGAAGAAGGAUCCAUUGUCGAAUUCAAUACCGACUGUAAAUAAGGAAUCUUUGUCUGUGCCAAGUACACAAGUUUUUGCUGAUGUGGAUGUUCAGGACCGUCCAGAUGCUAGAGCAGCUGAUGUCAAUAGAAAAACUGUAGAGAAUGAAAACUUUUCUUACAAUUCUUCUAAUUUUCCUACUACUAAUGGCUCUUAUAGUAGGAGUGUAAAAGGAGUUGCUUCUGGUUUGGUUGAUGGAGAUAAACUAGAGAUGAAAAAUGCAUAUGGUGGUUCUACUAGUCAAAAGACAUCCUCAUCUUUUGCACUAAACUCCGCUGAUGUAGAAGAAAGCAUUCAGAAGGUAUCCCCUCCUCGCCGAAAAAUCUCAAGUAGGGAUGAAAGAACGGAAAAGCUAGGAAACUGGCUUAAGAAAGAGGGGGUUGGGUCUGAUUCAUCAGUGAUAACCCACAAAAUUCAAAGUACAAGUACAGCGAAUGCAGACAAUGUUCCAUCCAGGCAUUAUGAACCUGCAUCCUUUGGGAAUGAUGGAAAUAUGGAUGCGAUACUGGAGGAGGAAGAAGCAUUAAUUGCUGCACAUCGGAAAGAGAUCGAAGACACAAUGGAGAUUGUUCGCGAAGAAAUGAAACUGUUGGCAGAAGUUGAGCAGCCAGGGAGUUCAAUUGACAAUUAUGUAACACAGCUAAGUUUUGUGCUCUCUCGGAAGGCUGCGGGUUUGGUUAGCUUGCAAGCUCGUCUUGCAAGAUUCCAGCAUCGACUUAAAGAGCAGGAAAUUCUUAGUCGGAAGAGGGUUCCACGCUGACCAUGCUGUCUCUGCUCCCAUGGUGACACUUUUAUCAUUCGAUAAGCUCUUCAGUGUUGAAUGGAUCUUCAAUUCUUCAUACUCUUUGUUGUAUUGGUGCAGUGAGGUCUGAGUACUGAGGACACUUUGACCCGCGACAACUGUGUGGAAAGAUAUGUUUUUUGUUGUGAAAAUAUUCAUGUAAUCAAAAUUGUAUCUGAAAUGGUAUCUGGUUGGUGAGAAAGGUUGAUAGAGUGGAUAGUACGAGAAGUGGAAAAAAUGUCUUUGUCAUUAUGUUCUUUAAACUCAUUGCAUUUCGAUUUCUCUUGUAAAGAAUAUUUGUUGAACAGUUCGUUUUUGAAUAGUUUUCUUGUGUAAAA